UUUCUGUUCACCGCCAAAUACUCCUUGUCAAGAUGCACUUCCGAUAGGCGCCGCCAGUGUGGUGGUUGAACCAAACCCCAUUUAAUUGGUGAUAAGAUACUGAGUGAAUCGUCCAUUGUCACAGUGCCAGCAUAUGGUUUAAAUUUAUACAGACAGUAGCCAGUACUGAUAAUGCCGGCUAUAGACUAUGAGCCCUUGGGGUAAGUAUAUAUUCGCCCCUCUAGCUGCCUGGCCGGCCAGUAGUGGUGAUAGAAACAAUGAAGCCACAACCGAAAGCACCCAGCGGGGGAGUGUUGCUGUUAGCGGUGCUGCUAGUGUUGGCAGCGCCUACAAGCAUCGAGUCGAGAUCUGCUAGCGGGCUGGAGCGGGCAUUCGAUUCGUUCCGUUUACCGAACAGUACCGUGCCCACUCACUACAGCCUUUAUUUAGAUACGGAUAUACACGCUGGCAUUUUCGACUAUACCGGCAAUGUUCAGAUACGAAUCAAUAUUCUUGAAGCUACCAGCCAGAUCGUGCUGCACAGUAAGCGCAAUGUGAUCACGCAGCUCCAUCUGCGCAAUAGUGCCGGCCUAGAGGUACCCGUGAAGGGGUUCGAGUUUGAUGAGGAAAAAGAGUUUCUGGUUAUCAACAUCGGUACGGUGCUACAGCCCGGCAGUGGUUCUUAUACGCUUGAUAUCGACUUCACGAACAGUAUCGAUCGGAGCGAUCAGUCCGGUUUCUAUGUGUCAUCGUACCAGGAUGACCAGGGUGUGACCAGGUACCUUGGACUGACUCAGUUUGAAUCGGUCGAUGCUCGAACAUCGUUCCCAUGCUACGAUGAACCGGGCAUAAAGACGACCUACGAUAUUCAAAUCGUGUGUGGUAUCGAUUAUCAUGCCCGCUCGAAUGCGCCCAUGCUCGGUAUUCAGCUUCUGCCGGAUGGUAAGAAGCUGUCCACCUUCGCUACUACACCUCGCAUGCAGACCUAUCUCGUAGCAUGGCUCGUGUCGGAUUUUGUGUACGAGCGAGAGGUGCUAAAGGAUCCGCAAUUAGCCGUGACGUCUUGGGCAGAACCAUCGGCCGCAAAUCGUCUCAGCUACUCUGUCGAUGCCUCGACCCGGUUCAUCCGAGCGAUGGAGGAGUACUUCGGCGAGAAGUACACCAUGAACAAAAUCGACAACGUGGCCAUCAAAUCUAGCGAUUAUGCGGCCGGAGCGAUGGAGAACUGGGGUUUGGUGACGUACGCAGAUAAUACCAUCCUCUUCGACCCCGCAUCGCAAGGUGAAAACCAGCAGGUGCAAGUUGUGACGAUCGUGGGACAUGAGUAUACGCAUCAGUUUUUCGGCAACCUGCUGGCACCGAAGUGGUGGAGCUACCUGUGGUUAAACGAGGGCUUCGCCCGACUUUACCAGUACUACGUGGGUUCAAUUAGCCAUCCGGAGCUGAACCUCAGGGAGCGCUUCGUAUCGGGCCCACAGCAAAACGCCUUUACCAGCGAUGGCUCGCCAACCAUACGACCGAUGACAUACUACACCGAAACGCGUUCCGGUAUCUCCGGACUGUUCGAUCGGAUUGCCUACGAUAAGUCGGCGAGCGUGUUGCGUAUGUUCAGCUACGCUCUUGGAGAGCAGGUCUUCCAGAAGGGUCUACGUUACUACAUCCAGCAAAAUAAGGCCAGCGGUGUGGUGCAGGACACAGAUCUUUUCGCUAGUCUGGAGCAGGCUGCCAAGGAAGAAGCUGUACUACCAGUCACUCUAUCUAUGUUCGACAUCUUUGGCUCGUGGUCCAACCAAGCCGGUGUUCCGGAGGUACACGUGCGACGCGAAGGGAACGAGUUCUUCUUCACGCAGAAACGCUCCUACACGGCACCGCAGGAAGAUCCUCUUGGGUCCUCCUGGUGGAUCCCGAUCUCGUACAUAACGUCCAGUAACAACCUGUACGAAACGCGCCCUGCCUUCUGGAUGCCUCCGGGCACAUCUGAGGUUUCCCAUACGAUUCCCCUGGCAGAGGGUGAACUGGUGCAAUUCAAUCCCCUAUCGACGGGGUACUACAAAGUGAUCUACGAGCCGGCCCUGCUGGACGAGAUGAUUGAGCAGUUGAAUAAGGAUCAUCGCGUCAUCAAACCACCGGCACGGGCUCGUUUAAUCGAUGAUACACUAAAAGCUGCCUUCCGGGACGGUGAUAACUAUGAAACGGUGUUCAAGCUGAUGAACUAUCUCCGCCAGGAGACGGACUACGUGCCAUGGGCAAUCGUUAGCCAGAACCACAAGCAACUUCAGGCACUUUUGCGUCACGAGCAGCAGGCUCGAUGGCUGCUGGACACAUUUAUGGCUCAGUUGGCCCAUCCAUUGCUAGAACGACAUGGACUUGAGCCGCGCAAGGGAGAAUCGGCCACCACUACCGAGCUACGAUUGAUGGCCAUUGAGAUGGCUUGUAGUGCUAGUGAAGCCUGUAAGGAUAAGGCAAGAGCUAGCGUUGCAGAAAACCAGGUUCCGCGUAAUCCUACCGAGGUAGCCAUUCGCUGUAUAGGUAUUCAACGACAGGCUGACCUCCAGCAACGUCAGCAGCUCUCAACCAAGCUAGCGCGGAUGCUACCAGAGCUCCAGGACACAUUCUCCCGACUGUACGCCAACCAGCUAUUGACCUGCAGUGGAGACGAAGAACUUGUGUUGCAAACGUUUGUUAGCAAACUCCCAACGAUGAGUGAGGCCGAUCGCGCUGAAAGCUUGCACCAGGCGAUUCUGAACUCAGGCAUUUCGGUGAAAAAAGUUAUCCAGCAGAUCGAUAGCGAACUAAGACAACGGAAAAUGCAGGUGAACCAAUCUGCGCUGGCAAGGACACUCGAAGAUAUUGCAGGCUAUGUGACUGGUGAGUCCGAAGCAAAACUGCUAAUGUCCAUCGCUUCCCAGCUCGGUGUGUCCUCGUCCGCGAUGGAGGAUAUGGAACAGCAGCUGCAGGCAAACCAUCGCUGGGUUCUACGAAAUGUUGGUCCCCUCACGGUUGCAUUGAGCGAGGUAGUUGUGGUCUAGGUGAAAUGAAUGGAGGACAAUCAAUUGUGGUAACGUAUGCGAUUGUUUUGCUUUAACGUUUACGUUUUCAAUCCUGAUAAGCCACACACAGAACUCUUUACGCGUGUUGCGUCAGUGGUGUAACGAUAAGAUAUGGCAAUAAAAAUUGACACUUAAAAACCACUUGUACGACAUCGAUUGCUGAGCCCAUAAAUCAAGUAUCUAAAGACAAACUGAGCUCAAACAAAUAGCAUGAUAAUAAUGUGCUCUUUCAGGUGUCAUGGUACUUGAUACCUGGACUUUUGAAGAUUAUCUGUAAUCGGUUUGCACAACACUUAGCGUAUCAGGUCCACUUGGCGUGCAAUCGGUAUGUGCAAAGUC